AUGUCUUUAAUAGCAGAAGCACCAGACUUUCUUCAAGUAUAUUCUGAUGGUAUUGUGAAACGCUUUGACCCUGAAACUGCACCAGCCUCUUUAGAUUCAUCAUCCAAUGGAUACAAGUCCAAAGAUGUGAUCAUUGACCCAUCAAAACCCAUCACUGGUAGGCUCUUCAUUCCUGAUUCUCCCAACACCAUCUCAGAGAAAAAGCUACCCCUCUUGGUUUAUUUCCAUGGUGGUGGCUUUUGCAUUGGCUCCACCACAUGGCUUGGCUACCAUCAUUUCCUUGGUGAUUUCUCUGUCACAUCCCAAUCCAUUGUUCUUUCUGUUGAUUACCGUUUGGCUCCAGAGCAUCGCCUUCCCAUUGCUUAUGAAGAUUGUUACACCUCACUUCAAUGGCUUGGUGAUCAAGUAACCUCUGAACCCUUGCUUCAAAAAGCUGACAUAUCAAGGGUUUUUCUCUCUGGGGACAGUGCUGGAGGUAACAUUGUGCAUCAUGUUGCUUUGAAGGCCAUUCAGAAUAAUGGGUGUCCUUUGAAAAUCAAAGGGUUAAUGCCUAUACAUCCUUACUUUGGGAGUGAGAAUAGGACUGAGAAAGAGAUGGGGGAUGAGGGUGCUGGAGAUGUAGCCAUGAAUGACAUGUUUUGGAGGCUAAGUAUACCUGAAGGCUCAAACCGUGACUAUUUUGGUUGUAAUUUUGAGAAAGCAAACUUGUCUGAAAGUGUAUGGUCUAAAUUCCCAGCUAUUGAGGUUUAUGUUGCUGGCAGUGACUUUUUGAAGGAAAGGGGAGUCAUGUAUGCAGAGUUUAUGCAGAAGAAAGGGGUAAAUGAGGUGAAGCUUGUGGAGGCUAAGGAAGAGAAACAUGUGUUUCAUGUAUUGGAUCCAAAAUCUAAUGCAACUCGCUUGCUUCAGAGCCAGAUGAGCCAGUUCAUGCAGAGAUAUUAGCAUCAAAUGUGGCUA